GAAUACUCGUCAGAGCUCGGUGGUGGUCGGACAAGGAAACGUGCAUUGGUCGUUCGUUUUCACGAUAUUAAACGGGCGGCGAGGCACAGUACGUCGUGAACUGACAACCCCUACGUGCGCGUGACGGUGCUACUUCGUAACUGAUCAUCGACUUUUCGUUCUCUCUUUUCUAUAUAUCUAUAUUUCUCCCCUUCUCUCUUUUUCUUUCUUUCUAUCUUUAUCCCUCUUUAUCCAUUUAUAUCUUUUUUUGACCUUCUCCCACUUUCCUACAAGAAACAAACGUUACUUCUCACUCUGUUUCUCUGUCAAGAAGAAUAAUCGUCGUUGACGAAGAGUGACGCGUCGUUAUUUCCCUUGAUCGUCUCAGAAACUAUCGAGGAUCCGUGAAAGACGAACAAACGAACCGUUGAGAACGUUUUAGCUUAACGUUCGUCAUAAAUAAAAUUUGUGAGUAAAAAGAAAAAUGGAGGAAAUUAAUGGGAGGAUAGGGAAGAAGCACGAAGAGGUGGAUGCUGCAUCCCUCAGUGCUGAUCUUCUCAAUCCCUUCGUUCAUCGACUCGAGCUUGACACGACCUACGAUAAACUCAAGACGGCAUUUUUGACGGUAGCCCUGCUACCACUAAGGCUAGCUGCGAUUACCGCUUUGGUGAUAAUGGCCUGGCUUUUGGCUUGUUUGGGUCUCUAUGGACUUUCUGAAGAAGAUUUACGUCGAGCGCCUCUUACAGGAUGGAGACGAGACAUGCGCAUCGUGAUCUGCUGGAUGAUGCGAGUAUUAUUCAUCUGUGGUGGAUUUCAUCAGCUGAAGGUGAAAGGUCGACAAGCAGAAACAAAGGAUGCCCCGGUGCUAGCCCUUGCACCACACUCGAGCUUCUUCGAUGCACUUCCGGUCGUUUACCUUGGUGGACCAAGCAUAGUCGCCAAAGGAGAGACGAGCCGCAUUCCUUUCUUCGGAAAGCUCAUUAACUACACGCAACCGGUUUAUGUAUGGAGAGAAGAUCCUAAUUCACGACAAAAUACGAUAAAGGAAAUAAUCGAACGUGCUACUUCGAAGGAGGAUUGGCCACAGGUAAUGAUUUUCCCAGAAGGUACCUGCACGAAUCGUUCGUGCCUAAUAACUUUUAAGUCAGGUGCUUUCUACCCAGGUGUACCUGUGCAACCAGUGUGUAUCAGGUAUCCUAAUAAAUUAGAUACAGUCACAUGGACAUGGGAAGGUCCUGGAGCUUUAAAAUUAUUAUGGCUCACGCUGACUCAGCUAAACAGCAGUUGUGAAAUUGAAUUCCUUCCUGUCUAUAAACCAAGUGAAGCAGAAAAAACAGAUCCCAAACUUUACGCGAAUAAUGUCCGUCGUGUUAUGGCAGAAGCCCUCAAAAUACCUGUCUCUGAUUAUACUUAUGAUGAUUGUCGAAUCAUCAGCAAAGCUCAUCAGUUACAUAUACCACAUGCCUCCACUAUAAUAGAAGCUCACAAACUUCGAAAUAAACUUGGUUUAACAGCAUCGAAAACGGAAGAAGAGCUUCUAGAAAAAAAAGUAGAAAAAUUCGGCGAAGAGGUAAAUUUGCAAGAAUUUGCACGAAUUCUUAGACUCGAUGAAAAGGAAUCGACUACUCAACAGCUCUUUCGAAUUCAUGACAGAAAUGGCAAAGGCACAAUAGAUCUUGAAGAGUAUAUAUUCACGAUAUUGGCAACGACAAAUGCUAAUUGUGAAUUGGAUAUGGUUGAAAUCGCAUUAGAUGUUUGCGGUUCUAAAACAUUAAAGUGUGUUAAUCUAGCAGAACUUAGAAAAGCUUUAAGGUUGUCAUUACACUUACAACCAGAGGAUGUUGAUAAAAUCUUUCAACAAGCUUGCAACAAACCCGGUGACAACGUAGUAACUUAUGAGGCCGCACUUGGAGUACUGGCUACACGAGCAGAAUUUUCACAUCUGUUCACUGGGAAUUCUGAGACAAAGAAAAAGAAGACCAUUUGAGAGUGUCUCUUGACCGCGGCUCGUAUUCCUCGAAGAUUUAGGGAGCAACGUGACUCCAAUAGGCCACUUCUCAGCCAAAUUUGUUCUAGCCCUGUAUAAUUAGGUAAUUUCUCAUACGAUCGUUCAAAUUAUUUCUUCUCUGCAUAUAUGCUUAGCAAAUUUGUUAAAUAACAUCUUUAUCUUCGAUAAAAUAGUUAAGUAUUCGAGAAAUUCUAUGGUGAUUGAUAAACUGAGCCUGCAUAGUAAGCAUGCUACUACUACUAAUUUAAUCAGAUUAUGAUUAUUGUUUUGACAAAUGCGCGGAAACUUUUGUUGAAGUUAUAUGAAAAAAAAAUAUUCAUAUAAUAAUGUUCGAAUUUGAACAACAUUAAAGCAGUUCAGUAUUCAUUUAUUAAUAGUUUGAAUAAUCGUUUUUUUUCAUCACAAUUUCGUUAUAAUGACGCUAUAUUAAAAUAUAUAAAAUCGGAUAGCAGCUACUCACAAAGAAAAUAACUUAAGUCUCUUUUUUAACACAUAAUAAUAUAAUUUAAUAAUUACUAUAUGUAGUCUCUGUACUAUUUUGAAGUAUUUUUUCGUUCGUCUGACAAUUUACUUUAACAAUUGAAAGUAGGUAUUAUUUAGAAUAGGCCUUAUUGUAUUAGUUAUAGGUAUUACGAUGAAUUUUUCAUCUUUAUGAGGUUUCAUGCUCGGAAUCAAAAUUGAGUAUGCGUUACACGCUAAAACUUUCAUUAAAUAGAGGCAUGCAGAAUCCUUGCUAUGAAACUGGAAGAUAAUGUCGGACGUAUCGUCCAUAGGAAAUAUUAUUUAAUCUUAUAAUCGCUUUAGAUUGCUCAGGGUUUGUAAAAUGCGAAAAUUAUUGAAUAAAUGCUCGAUUAUAUUAUGUUUAUGACAAUUAAAUCACAAAGAUCAACUUGGUCACUUGAUCGAGUUUCUAGUAAAUCGAAGUACACUAAUUAUGAGUAACUAGAAAUUAGAAUUUGAGUAUGCAUUUAUAGAAUAAAUAUGUUAUAAAAUUUAUUCUUUGCUCGAUAACAAUACAUGCUACAGUAUUUAAUAUUUAAUAUACACACAUAUAUAUAAUAACGAUACAUUGGUCGUGAGAUACAAUAAUAUGUUACUUAUUGUAUAUACGCAUAUAUAUACGGAGACGCGAGUGUGUGUGCACGUGCGCGAUGUGUGUAAUGUAUAUACACAAAAUAUAUACUUGUAAAUAUAGAUACAAUAAAAUAUUCUUACAAGGUAUGAAUAAUCUUGAUAAG